UUAAUAAGAGCUUAAAAUAAAAUCCAUCAACGAUAUUUUAGUCAAGAGUUUUUUUUGGCGGCAGAGUUUGCUCUCUCAGAUUCUCUUCUCUGCAAUACGCUCCAUCAUCUUCCCGCGUUCGCUCCUUCUUCAUCUUCCCACCGUUAAGUGAGGCAUUGCUAACCUCUAGCAAUCUACAAAAUGCUUUCUCGGGUGAAAUUCAUUCCCCGUCACCAGGUCUGCUUGAACAAGUCAAAUGAUCAUGAGAGGAAAGGGAACCGCUCUAGGAAUAUCUCCGAGUUCUAUUCAUCUAAUGAAAGUGAAAGCGACCGGGACUAUAAUACAAAACGGAAACGGAUUGUAAAAAAGCGUAAGGAAUAUAUAUCUGAAGACGACUCUAAUCUUUCCGAUGUUACUGUUUGUUCUUUGGGUCGCCGAACAAAGCGUCAAAAGUCUACUACAAAGAGUAUCAAAGCCGAACCUACCCGCAUUGCAGCCAAUUCUACAAGUGACAAGGACAUUAUAAGGAAAGAAAUGGGCUUGGAUUGGAUGCUUAAAACUAAGAUGCCUGCAGUUUUUGAAACAACUGAGAAACUGUCGGCGGAAGUUCAAGUUGAGGAGUCAAAGAAGACAAAUCCUAGGGAAUUGAAUCCUUAUCUAAAGGAUGAUGGAAGUGGUUACCCCGAAGAAAGUGAUGGAGUUGUCGUUGCUGCAUGCAAACUUCUAUCGCCUUCCCUUGUUGGAGAUGGAGGAGUAAGUUGGAGACUCAAGGCAUUAAAGCGUGCACAAGAGCAAGCAGCUCGAGAAGGACAGAACUUUCAAGAGGUUGUGGAAGAAAGGUGGGGUUGUUCUCUUGAUGAGUUGACUGCAUCUGUUGCAUCAAAAGCAGCUGCCCCAGAUCGGGCUGAUCUACGUGCUAUAAAAAGUAGACAAAGAAGGGUAACCGAAGAAAAUUCACUAGAUUAUGAAAAACCGAUCCCAAGAGAUUCUAAAAGGGUAAAUUUGAAAACAAAUCGAUUGUUGACUAUAAAAGACCGCUGUCACUUUUGCUUGGAGAAUCCAAAUCGGCACAUGCAUCCUGUUGUGUCCAUUGCAAACUUCACCUAUCUUAUACUGCCACGGUUGCAGCCCUUGGUGCCCGGUCAUUGUUGCAUUCUACCCAUUGAUCAUGAAUCAGCUACCAGAUCCGUGGAUAAUGAGACGUGGGUAGAAAUCCGAAAUUUCAAAAAAUGCCUCAUUAUGAUGUUUGCAAGGCAAGAUAAAGAAGUAGUGUUUCUCGAAACUGUAAUGGGAUUGACACAACAACGGCUCCAUUGCAUGAUUGAGUGUAUUCCUUUACCCAAGGAUAUUGCUAAAGAGGCACCUUUAUACUUUAAGAAGGCCAUUGACGAAGCAGAAGAUGAAUGGUGCCAGCACAAUGCAAAAAAGCUCAUUGACACCAGUCAAAAGGGACUGCGUAACUCCAUUCCCGAGCAUUUUUCCUAUUUUCACGUAGAAUUUGGUAUAGACCGUGGUUUUGUCCAUGUUAUUGACGAUGAAAAGAACUUCAAGAGUAGUUUUGGGUUGAACGUCCUUAGAGGGAUUCUGAAAUUGUCGGAAGAAGAUAUGUACCGACCUCCAAAGCAUGAGGCAAUAGAGAUACAAAAGCAAACUCUUGCCACCUUUUCUAAUCAGUGGCAAAAGUUUGAUUGGACACAUAAAUUGUCCUCGGUUCACUUUGAAUUCAUGCAGCAUUUCCAUCGUGAAUUGAAUAUAGCCCUGAACUGUGAUGGCUUUGGAAUGGUGCUUCAAAUGGAUUUGACUCGGCUGCGAACUAAACUUGAGUGUGAACUGGAAUGCUGAAUGCUAGCAUGGAAUUUAUUGGUAAAAAGGCAAUACGAUUGGAACCGUGUACCUGAUUUUGUAGGCUUUUGAGAUGCAUUCCAUAGGCUGAAGGUUGUCUGAACAGUAGGGUAGGUCUUUAUGCCAAAGUCGCAGGGUCGGGUAAACGGAUAGCGUUGGUCUGUACAGUUUAGAUGUUAUGUUUGAUAUUGAAUGUUGUUUCUAACAAAAGACAUGUGGUGAUGAGUAAAAUGAAACUGGAAGUGGCAAUGAAUAAAGUCAAAUAACUCACUUUUGGAGUGACAUGAACGUGAAAUGGACGAAGUAUGUACAGACCAUGAGUUCAUAUGGCAGCACGAAGCAUUUGCUAUUUGAAACAUUUUGAUAUUUGCAGCAUAGUUGGAGAGAACAUGGGAUUAUUAGAACCAGUCAAAUGAAAUUAUUUUGAAUCAAGUUGUCUGACUAUUUGAAUAUGCUUUUAGAAUAGGUGGUUCAAGGUUUAUAUUUGUAUAGAUUUCUUGUAGAAUCUGGGGUUUUAUUUGAACUUUGUAAUGGAUUGGACCAUUUUUGCUUUUUUUGUAGAA